CUUACUAUUAUUUCUUACCCUUUUCUUUUCUUAGUCUCUAUGCCAUUCUUUACUGCUGCGAUAAUCAUUUUUAUUAUAAUACCAAGCAUACCUCUAUUCGCUUAUGUUAUUGGUCUCUUAGUUCCUGCAAGUCACAUUGUUUCAAGGACGAGAACCAUUAAAACCACGCCUUCAAGACUAUGGGCUAUUCUAACCGAUGUAUCAAAAUAUCCAGAAUGGCAACCAAAAGUAGAGAAGCGACAUACAGUCAUUAUUCAUCAUGUACGCAGUCCAGAAAGAUGUCUAUUACGGAUACUAGAAGAAAAUAUGAAUCAUUAUAAUAAGAUACCUACAUUCUCUGGUUCAUGGACAUUUGAGAUUACGCCUCAAGAGGAUAAUGAUACACAAGUCUUGUUGAAAAUAACAGAACAGGGCGUGAUGAAGAAACCGAUAGUGAGGUUAAUGCAUCUGUUGCUCUAUGGUUUCCACAGCCGAAUUGAUCGAUUCAUGAAUGAUUUGUCGGCCAAGAUUGAAAGAGUGAAUAAAGAUAACGAGCAAGGAUCAAGUCAGGAGGCCGUGAACUCAAUUGAUCACGAUUGGGAUUUAGUGAAUGAAGCGUAUCCCAAGUCAUCCUGAUGAUGCCAUAUCAUAUGCUCAAGCAAAAAUAAAUCUAUUUAUUCCCCUAAAG